AUGCAGAAACUCAAGGAAAGGUUUGAACAGGAAGUCGGUAAUCUGGAGGAGAAGUUCCGAGGCCAGUUCCCCCCUCAUCCACGCCAAACCUGCUUUUUGACUCUCCACGAUGCAAAGGAGCACGCAACACAUCUGAAGCACAAAGUGGGCAAGUUCUUCAACAUUGUCAACCCAAACCACCGCCACGACGAGGCACAUGAACAGGCCACAGACCGGAAGCGCUCGGCAAUUGCCGAAUCCCAUCGCUACCAGUCCUUCGCCCCCAUUCAAGAGGGGAAUCGCGUCAAAUGGUAUGUCGAUGCUCUUGAUUAUAUGUGGGCUGUCUCCGAGGCUUUGGAAAAGGCCACUGAGACCAUCUACAUUGCCGAUUGGUGGUUGUCUCCGGAGUUGUUCCUCCGCCGCCCGCCCGUCAAGAACCAGGAAUGGAGAUUGGAUCAUAUCUUGAAGCGUCGUGCAGAAGCCGGUGUUAAGAUUUAUGUGAUUGUCUACAAGGAGGUCAACCAGGCGUUGACCUGCAAUUCGGCGCAUACCAAGCAUGCCUUGCGAAGUCUUUGUCCCGAGGGUACCCCUGGUCAUGGUAAUAUUCGAGUUUUGCGUCACCCAGACCACAAUGUCUUUGAAAAUGCUGCCGAUAUGACUCUUUACUGGGCGCACCACGAGAAAUUUAUCGUGAUUGACUAUGCUCUUGCAUUCAUCGGUGGCAUUGAUCUCUGCUUCGGCCGGUGGGAUGCCAACCAGCACCCUCUAGCCGAUGUGCACCCAGCUGGCUUGCGGGAUGAUAUCUUCCCUGGUCAAGACUUCAACAACAACCGUAUCAUGGACUUUCAAAGCGUCCAGGACUGGCAGAGUAAUGAACUGAGCAAGGCUGACUUUGGCCGUAUGCCGUGGCACGACGUAGCCAUGGGCUUGGUUGGUGAUUGUGUCUACGAUAUUGCAGAGCACUUUGUGUUGCGCUGGAACUUUAUCAAGCGUGACAAGUACAAGCGCUCUGGUGAUGUGGAUUGGCUGACGAUGGAAGGUCGACUUGGUGAGGAUGAGGAUUUGGUUGCUGUUCAACGUCCGAAAUACCCCUGUGGCGAGUACAUUCAACAUCCACUGUCUCCGUUGUCGACCAAGCCGCGUGGACAGCAGGGCUCUGUUCGGGCGCAGAUUGUGCGAAGCAGCGAUGAUUGGAGCAGUGGUAUUCUGAAUGAGCACAGUAUUCAGAAUGCGUACUGCGAGAUGAUCCGCAAUGCUGAGCACUUUGUUUACAUUGAGAAUCAGUUCUUCAUCACUGCCACGGGUGACCAGCAGCGUCCCAUCUUCAAUACCAUCGGUCGCGCUAUCGUCGAUGCUUGCGUUCGAGCAGGCAAAGAAGGCCGCAAAUUCCGUGUCAUUAUCGUUCUCCCUGCCAUUCCAGGCUUUGCAGGCGACCUGCGUGACUCUGCUGCACUAGGUACUCGUGCUAUCAUGGACUACCAGUACAAGUCCAUCUGCCGUGGCGAGCAUUCGAUUAUGGGCCAGAUUGAGAAGGCGGGCGUGGAUCCCAAGCAACACGUCUUUGUCUUUGCACUCCGCGCCUACGAUCGAAUCAACAAGACUCCCGCCCUUGAAGAACUCGAAAAAGAGGCCGGUGUCACAUACCAAGACAUCCAGCGUGGUAUCGCCGAAUCAAUCAUGGGUGAAAGUGUGCAUCCAUCCGUCGGGACAGAAGGCGACAAGAAUGAGAAGAGCUUUGAAGCCGAUGACGCGCAAAAGCAGAAGAAUCUGAAGAACCUAGAGAAGUUUGAAGAGCAAGUCGAGAAGCACAAAGCCCAGCAGGGCGAUGCUAGCAAAGACUCGGUGGCCCAUACUACCAUGUUGAAUGGCGGUAAGAUGUCGGACGAGACGUGGGAGGGUGACCUCGAAGCCGAGAAGGACAAUAUCGUCCAGGAAGAGCUGUAUGUGCACGGCAAGGUGUGCAUUGUCGAUGAUCGAAUCGCCAUUUGUGGAAGUGCCAAUAUCAACGAUCGGUCUCAGCUUGGCUCCCAUGAUAGCGAAAUCGCCAUCGUAAUGGAAGAUCAAGACUUUAUCGACAGCGAAAUGGACGGCAAACCGUACCGAGCAGCCCGCCUCGCGGCAACCCUCCGUCGCCAGCUCUGGCGCGAACACCUGGGCCUCUUGCCUGCGCAAAACUACGACGCCACAGGCCACCCGAACGCUCGGCCACCCGACGUCUGUCUCAACGAGAUCCUAGAAGACACGCACAACAAGUUCGUGACUGAUCCGCUCAGCGAUGCGGUCUGGGACACCUGGACCGGUCAGGCUAGCGUUAAUACCGAGACGUAUCGGAUGUUAUUCCGUGCGGAUCCAGACGACAAUAUCAAGACUUUUGAGGAUUAUGACAAUUUCCGUCCGCGUGGGUCGCACAAGCAGGGUCAUCUGUUUGAUCCGUAUAUGCCGGCGAAGGAAGUGCGUGAGAAAUUGGAUCGUAUCAAGGGACACCUGGUGUGGUUGCCGCUGGAGUUCUUACGCGACGCGGAGAUGGCCGAACCUGGGUUGGCAGUGAAUCAAAUUACUGAGAGCAUCUACACGUAG